GCGAAAUGAAGAGCGGACUUUUUCGGUUUGUGCUAUACCGCAUGGUCUCUAUUGAAUUCGGAUGCUGGAUCAAUAUGCUCUAGAUGCAACGGUUGGAAAGGUGAGUAAAAUGCAAGAUAAAUAGCACCAAGGUCUUGAACAUGCGAUGCAUUCGAAAACAACAAACUUCUUGAGGUGAUGCUAUGGGCGAUCGCAGAAAAUGAGAUAUAUAUUGGGUUAACCUAGUGACAGCGUCUUAUUUCUUCGUGCCCAUGGGUCACUGAAAGGAGUGCCCCAUCCGUUAGAUUCCCAACAACUACGACAAUUUGGUGAGCUGCAAUAGACGCAUAAGCCAAUUAUCUCCGUCCCUUCUCGUUCUCUGUAACGCCUGCAUUUUCAGCGUGAUUAUUCCAUUUGCACUUGUACGACAACGUACCUCGUCACAGUCGCCCCCUUCGUCAAGAAAACCGGACAGUGCAACGUGUGCAACUCGAUUUUGUGUUAAGUCCGCCAGUACAGUUUGGACAUCUGCAUCGGUCAAUCAAAACUCUUUGUCCUCCGUGAAUCUGCAUUAAGCUCAUCGAUCAAACUCCGAUUUGAAACCACUAAAAUGGUGAAACGCCAACAGAGCAGCGGAAAUUUAUUGCCAAAACGUUCCGUAUCUUUCGAUCAUGGGAUCACGGCGGCUUUCCUUCUCAUUUUUGGUUGUUUCGGUUUAGCGCUCGGUGGUACCAUGACGGGACUGUCCUACGGCUACGAAAAGAGAGACGGCUUUACUUCAGUGGCCGAGUCUUAUAACCUGCGUUGUGACAUUGCCGGUCCGGUCCUAUUGGCCAGUGGUGGAAUCGGCGUUCUCUUGGCUUUGAUUCUGAUCUCAGUUUUUGAUGUUUGCUCUCAGCCGGAAUGGUCAAGUUGCGAAGCUGCCCCGUCAGUGCCUAGCGUCUCGCACGGUGUUGAAAUUCAUGUCGAUGGGAAUAACAGCACAUCAGGUGGACGCCGAUCAUAUUGAAAAUCGGUUCUCGGUACCGGUUGAUUAUGGUCUUUUAUUAUUGCAAUUGAAAAAUGUCUGCCCUGUUUGCAAUGUUUCGGUAAUUUAAUUAAUUAAUCUCCUUUAUUUUUUAUUGCCACUAAGCGUAGCGCAAGAACUCGAUUCCAAGAAUUAAAGAAAACCUGAUUUCGUUAUAGUUUUGCCCAAAAACAGCAGAGAGAGUGGUUAAUUGAAAGAUAAAUAAAUGGAGAAUUUGUGUAUU